CCUCGCCACAGCCUCUGCUUCCUGCGCAGUAUCCGAAGACCCCUCCGCAUUGUAGAGCCGACAUGUUGCGUCUUCGAGUCUUCCAGCUGACUCUGCUACUUGUAGCGGUGCUGUUGCAGCUCUCCGUCGGCGCCAAAGACACCGAGGGCAAGAAGAGUGUGGAGGUGCAGUUCCCCCACGUGUCCGAUGCGCUGCUGGAGCAGCUCGGCUACCAGAAGAAGAACCGCUACUCGGCCUCGGCCUUCAAGGUGACGCCGCGCAAGCCGGCGCCGGACUUCAGCAACGUGAACGCCGUGGUCAACGAGAAGUUCGAGAAGGUGUCGCUGAGCGACUACAAGGGCAAGUGGCUCAUCCUGUUCUUCUACCCGUUCGACUUCACCUUCGUGUGCCCCACGGAGAUCGUGAGCUUCAGCGACAGCGUCGACCAGUUCCGCAGCAUCAACGCCGAGGUCGUGGCCAUCUCCACGGACUCGCACCACACGCACCUGGCCUGGGUCAAGACGCCGCGCAGCGAGGGCGGCCUGGGCAAGAUGAACAUCCCGCUGAUCGCCGACAUCAGCAAGCGCAUCUCGGAGGACUACGGCGUGCUGGUCACGGACGAGGAGGACGAGAUGUUCGGCGCUGCGCUGCGCGGACUGUUCAUCAUCGACCCGGAGGGCACCAUCCGCUCCAUCCAGAUCAACGACGACGCUGUGGGCCGCAGCGUCGACGAGACGCUGCGCAUCCUCAAGGCCUUCCAGUACUCGGCCUCGCACCCGCACGAGGUGUGCCCCGCCAACUGGAAGCCCGGCGGCGAGACCAUCAAGACCGACCACGUCGAGAAGAUGGACUUCUUCCAGCACCUGUACGGCGACGACAAGAAGCAGGAGCUGUAAGCUGACGAGCGCAGGGAGAGCAACUAGUGUCGAUAUCGGAAGACUACAGGACGGAACGUGAGCCGUUUCGGCGGUGUGGCGAGCAAGCUGUCGGCAGCACAGACACGUUGGGCAGACGAGAGCCGCACGUUUUAGACUCGACGUCUUCCUCUUCCUCCAUGAUGAACAUACUACAGUACACCACAAUUCAAACGUACUCUCCUUC